CGGGUGGAGAGAUGCCAUAGGAGCAGCAACAGCAGCAGCCGCGAACCGAUCCGCUUCCCGACCGUCCGAGUCCGGGUCCGCGGGACGCCGCUCAUGCUCUGCCCGCUCAGCAGCGCGUCAGCCCGGGUUACAGGCAGCGAAGAGCAGCGUAAGAGCGGAGGCAGCAUCUGGAGGAUGCUCUGGGGUUUCCCAGUGGGCUGUGAAGAUGAGUGUGACAUCAUGGUUCCUGGUGAGCAGCUCAGGGACUCGACACCGCCUUCCCCGAGAGAUGAUCUUUGUAGGUCGAGAGGACUGCGAGCUCAUGCUACAGUCUCGCAGCGUGGACAAACAGCACGCCGUGAUCAACUACAACCUGACCACUGAUGAGCACCUGGUGAAGGAUCUGGGCAGCCUCAAUGGGACGUUUGUAAACGACCUACGGAUUCCUGAUCAGACCUACAUCACCCUCAAACUGUCUGACAUCAUCCGCUUCGGAUACGAUUCUCAUGUCUACGUUCUGGAGAAAAGUCAGCACAAAGUCCCAGAGGAGGCCCUGAAGCAUGAGAAGUACAGCAGUCAGCUGCAGAUGAGUCUGAAGGCUUCGGAGGGGAAGAAGAGCGACACGGAGGAGCGGCUGAGAGGCGAGAAAACAUCAAGUACCAAAAGCCUCACACAGGAGGCGCCAGCGUGCCGGCCCACUCCUCUGUACGGCCAGCCGUCCUGGUGGGGAGAGGAGGAUUAUGGCAGUAAAGUCCAGACCAGUGAUGAGCCACAUUCAGACGUUCAGAAAGACGCUCCGUCUGUGGAUCCGGAUUUUUCCGGAUGUCUGUCGGACUCUCAGCCAAAGACCGCCUUCCCUUCGUACCACCGCGAGCCGAGCUACUUUGAGAUCCCCACCAAGGACUUCCAGCAGCCCAAAUCCUCAGGGGCAGAGCUCCAUGAGAUUCCCACCAAGGAUACUGACACAUCCCCGGCGACGCCUUCCCCUCCCACCCCGACCCCACCCGUCGUUCAAAGCCACGCCUCCUUCACCAUCGAGUUUGAUGACUGCAUGCCGGGCAAGAUUAAGAUCAAAGACCACAUCACCAAGUUCUCCACCCGCCAGAGGAAGUCGCAGGCUGCGUCCCCCAAGACGACCAUCACGACCGCACCUGUAGAGGUGAUGUCAGCAGAAAGCAAGGUGGCUGACUGGCUGGUCCACAGUGAUGUAAGCAUGAUGAAGAGACGUCCGCCAUGCGAGGAUGUUUACAGCACCAAGAGUGACCUCGCAAUGAACAUCAAGACCCUGAAAGGUCACCACCAUGAGGAUGGAACCCAGAGUGACUCAGAGGACCCAGUUCUCAAAGGAAGGAGUAAAUCCCACCAUUCGGUCCGCAGUCAGCACUCUGUCCAAUCAGAACAGCCCCAGGUGUCGCAGCAGACGGUCCCAUCAUGCCAGCCUGUCCACGGUCAGCUCCACCAACCGCUGCAGUAUUCUCCACCCAGACCAGCCUCAGCCUCACCUGUGGCCCCUGAGCGGCCCCUGUCCCAGAGCCCUCCUGAGGCUCCGUCCCCUACUGAAGCGCCCAAACAGGGUCCACCAGAGCACCUCACCCAGCAGGCCUUCAUCAUUGAGUUCUUCGAUGACAACCCGCGCAAGAAGCGCUCUCAGUCCUUCACACACAACCCUGCUCAUGCUGACUCAUACUCCGCACUCAGAGCCAAGCUGGAGCGGCGGAAAGGCGGUGAGAGGCCGGCAUCCGUGCACGGCCACAUCCCUCCCACCCAACAGGUGACGGUACCUCUGAAGGGUCAGGGCCACGGCGGUCCUCAGAGGUCGAGCUCACUGAAGAGAGAAAAGACAGAGGGGGAGGCAGCUUCAUCGAGCUCUUCUUCUCGCUCCUCAUCAGGCAUCAUCAUCAGACCUUUUGGCAGCGUUGGGAAGAAGUCAAAGCUUGCCCAGGAAUUUGCUGCUGAAUUCCUGAAGGAUUCAGGUCAAAACGACUCUUCCCCAACCAGAGAUAAGGGAUCUGAUCCACCAAUGUCUGCACCGCCAGUGAUGAUGUCACCUCAUCAUACAAGGAUUCCCUCCCCACAAGAACCUCCAGCACCAUCUUCUGUCUCCUACCCUGCCUCCCCCUUACAGCCUCCAGCAAUCUCAAAGACCUCAAUCCCAACCAAGGUUCCAGGCCAAGCUGCCUCUCCGGUCCAUCCGUCUGGACCUCCUAUGUCCCCUAUGUUGCCUGUGGCUGUCCGUGGGGGAGAGCACAAAGGUUCCCAGAGGAUGGCCAGGAAUGAGGAGGACGACAGCUUGAGUGACGCCGGGACCUACACCAUAGAGACAGAGUCACAGGACAAAGAGGUGGAGGAGGCUCGCAACAUGAUCGAUCAGGUGUUUGGUGUCCUCGACUCUCCAGAGUACAGUGGUGUGAACACAGGUGUGUAUAGACCUGUAAUAAAUGAUGGAAAGGAUGAGCAAGCUAACCUGCCUAGUGAUGGUAGCGCUGUGGACCUGUUGCAUGGCUUUAUCCCAUCUUCUAUCAGCAGCCCUCCAACAGGCCCUAUACAGGUUCCAGCUGCUCAUGCAGCAGUUCUAGAAGGCCCUAAGUGGGUUUCGCGUUGGGCCAGUCUAGCGGACAGCUAUGCUGAACCUGGUUCCACUCCACCUCAAGGGGAAUGUACAGAAGAUUUCCGCCUCAUGAGCCCGUCAAUGGGAAGCUACAGCUAUGACAACUCUGAGUCGGAGUCCAGUCACAGCUCCAGGACAAGAAGGCUGCUCCCCCAAGUGCCUCCAGAAAAGCUGGACGGUGUCACCCCAAGCAUCAUGAUUCGCCAUGAAUCUUACCAAAGCCAGGAACCUCUGGACAGACCCUCUGGUCCUCCUCACUCGGUGGACUCCACCCAGCGCCUGUCUGUUCAGGAUGACGUGGACCCAGACAGCCUGAGUGAUGCCAGUCGCUCAGAUGAUGGACCUGUUCUAGAGAAAAUGAGGACAAAUCAGGUCAGGACUGGAGUUAUAUCUCCAGGGACCGCUGUUCCUCAGCUUAGAGGUCAGGAAAAAGUGUCUCCACCCACCAAAUCCACCUGCUUCUAUAUUGGUGCGGAAGACCAUCCCAGUAACCCUGAGCAGGCCCGGAGCCCAGUGCAGUCUGAUAGGACAAGGGACGCCCCAGCAAAAACUCCCCCUACUACCGUCCUGAUCCGACACCUGAGUGGGCAUGAACCCAAGAGGACAGGAGUCAAACCCAACAGCUCUGCUCCAAACCUCCAAACACAGGACAAAGAUUCAAUCCCAACCAAAGACAGCUGCAUGUCGUCUUUUGUCCGUCAGGAGAGCUUCACCAAAGACCGGCCCAGUGACACCAUCCAGAUGAAGAAGCUUCCCCAUAUCUCCAGCCACCCAUCCAUCAGAGACAUGGAGCAGAGGAGGGAGACCAUCCAGGACACACAGUCCUUCCUUCAGGAAGGAGCUCUGUCCUCUCUGGAUGCCAAGUUCCCCUCCUCUGGUUCUGGUCGCAGCUCAAAGAAGGGGGGUUCUUCCAGCCACAUGGACGAUUCCCUUUCCGGUGAGUCAGAUGUGGACACAGCUAGCACAGUGAGUCAAGUGAGUAGCAAAAACACUCCAGUCAGCUCCACAUCUAAAAAGCGUCCUGCCAUUAGUAGCCUUCAGAAGGAGAAGUCCUCUUCUAGCACAUCCAUCCAAGAAAAGGGACAGCAGCUCAGUGCCCGUGAACGGCUUUCUGAGAAACGGCGAAACCAGACGACCACAAACGCAGCGACUAAGACAGAGGCAGCAAAGCGCUUCCAGAUGCGCCGCAGUGCCGGGAACCGUGGCUCUCUGGAUCUCUCUGAGGGCCAGCAGGGUUCUAGUUCACAGUGGACUGAAACCCCAGCAUCUGAUCACGAAUCUACUCGUCCAUCCAACCGCAGCAAAAAACUCAUUGCCCCUCUUCAGAAAGAAGAUAAUGGGAAGACGUCCAAGACAGCAACCCAGCAGGUUCUGACACGUUCCAACAGCCUGUCAGCGCCACGGCCAACCCGGGCAUCGAUGCUACGUCGAGCGCGUCUGGGUGAAGCCUCAGAUAAUGAAGGUGCUGAGACUGACCGAGGCUCCCAGAAUUCUGACCAUAUCACUGCAGCACCCAAAGUUUCCACUGAGGGGAAGAAGCUAUCGAGGCUGGACAUCUUAGCGAUGCCAAGGAAGAGGACAGGCUCCUUCACCACUCCCAGUGACAACGAGGCGUCCUCUACAGGACGGCCGGGCGUCUCCAAUCGGAACUCCGAGGCUGUUGUCAGCACCAGGAAGACAUCAGUGGGUGAUGCCCGGCAGCCAGCUAGCAAAGGAGGCGGCGCUCCAGGGAAGCAACCUCUGACCCGUACCCGUUCAAGCGGAGCCAAGUACCCCAGCACUGGGUCCCGUCGCAGACAGAAGGGCUCGGACUUCUCCUCUUCCUCUGAGGAAGAAUAUGAGACGAGUGGCAGUAUCUCUAAAGCCAAACGCUCCUCCCAUCCUUCUACCUCCGACCAGACACCACGCAGCCACCGGACGCCCACCACCAGAACCAAGUCUGUCUCCCUGGAAACGGAGGAGGAUGAGGACCAGAAUGAUGUUGACCCAUACCAGAACUGGUCCACGCACAGUGCCGAGAUCGCCAAGCUCAGUCAGGAUCUGGCUAAAGAUCUGGCCAUCCUGGCGAAGGAAAUCCACGACGUUGCUGGGGACGGGGACUCGCCGAGCUCUGGCAUGGGCACCGCCACGUCUCCCAGCUCGCUGCCCAACACGCCAGCCUCCACCAUCUCUGCCAGGGAGGAGACGUCAUCCUUUCCAUACGUGCGUGGGGUUCGACCAUCUCAGCUGGUCCAUCAUAUCCCUGAGGCCAGUUUAAACUACCAGAAGGUUCCUCCAGGUUCUGCUGCUGUCUCGGACCUGGACGCAAAUAUGAAUGAGCCAGAGACCGGUUCUAAGCAACGGCGUCCGUGGAACCGCGAAGAGGUGAUUCUGGACAACCUGAUGCUGAAUCCAGUAUCUCAGCUGUCUCAGGCCAUCCGGGAGAACACAGAGCAGCUGGCCCAGAAAAUGAAGGUUUUGUUCCAGAACAAGGCUGAGGUCUGGGAGGAGAUUGAGGCGAAGAUCAGUGCUGAGAAUGAAGUCCCCCUCCUGAAGACCUCCAACAAGGAAAUUACCUCCAUUUUGAAAGAGCUGAGGAGAGUUCAGAGGCAGCUUGAAGUUAUAAACACAAUUGUGGAGCCUGGUGGAAGUCUUCAGGCAGUAGCCAGCGGGACGUCUCUCAGUCAGACUCGACCAUCUAUGAGGGAGAAGAAACCCACCGCCAAACCCCGUGGAGCCCCCUCCAACGCCAACGAAAGCACCAAGCGACCACCUCGUGGACCCGACGGGGCCCACUACAUGGCCUGAGCAGGCCGCCGUAGCGCCUCUGGAGAGUAACUGUGCAUCCACAGUGCCAGCAUCCACCAAUCCCUGCCUCUGACCCUGAUGGUUACUGACUGUAACACCCAGAUCCACAGCUCAAUACCAACUUCAGCAUUUAAUGUGUGGUUGGUGGGCUGGUGUGGGUUUAUCAGCAGGUCUCUGACAAAUGUUGUACUUCAGAGGAAUUUUCAGUCUGAAUUUAUUGGUUUACAAACUAAAACUGUCAGAGAGAUGUGAUCAGGUGUGAUUUCAGUGUCCCACAGUUCAUAGCUAUGGACUUUCUAAGAUGUAAAAUGUAAGUGAAAUGCUGCUGUGGACCACAACCACAGCCGGCUCAGAUACCUGUCGGUCUGUAAAUACUGCUGCUGUGAGCAGACCCGUCCCUUUAUGCAUUGUACUGUGUGAUGGUACUGAGUAGCGCAGUCUAGAUGAACGCAGUCUGCCAGCACGCAGUGCAGUGCAGUCAGGAGACGCAGCUUCGCCUUCAGUCUCUGAGAGCACACCUGUAAAGUGGAGGAGCUCCUCUCAGCUGUGACCGGGAUGAGCCGUGUCCGGUUACAGUUUGUGUUCGUGGAGCUGCAGCAGUGUGCAGAGCUGCUGGUGGUGUGGAUGCACGGAAACGAUCCAGAACUAACCUCUCAUUCAUUGAUGCAUUUUGAGUGGUCACAGUGUGAGUCUGUAGAACUGCUUCCACUUUGCACAAGCUGAACAAAAACGUAGUCAAAGCUCCAAAAAAGACGCAGCUGCUGCACCACUGUAGUAUGUGGAUGAUGUACAAACAUAUACCGAUAAACUUCGUGCUUUGAUAAUCUGUUGUUGCGUUGCAUUUGAACACAAUAGAUUGUGUUGCUCUGUUUUUCUGUCUGUAUUGAUGAAGAGAAAGCCGUAGCCUCCUGCGCUGCCUCGGCCGUACAGACAGGAAACAGCCGCCUGAGCUCAGCUGUUGAAGUAAAAAUGAUGUAAUGUUGUGUGUUACUGAAUGUUUGGGUGCUCUGCUGCCGUCCCGACGCGCUCAGCCUCUUUUUCUUUUGCCAUCUCGCUGUGAUUGUGCGUUAACUGUGAAGCUGCUUCAGGUAGGCUGUAGUUGAAUGUGCUGAAUGAUCUAACUGAAGAUGUGGUGCUGGUCCCUGGAUACAUUUCUACCCCGAUGAAUGAAGCACGACGAUCUGCUCCAACCACAGAGCCGAGUCGGCCCCUCCGGCCUCUGAGCCGUACGAUCGUAACCCCGGAUUGGUUCUUUAUCGCUGUUCAGAUGAACAGAGUGUAGUCAAAUAAAGGAAAGCUGAGGUGUUCUUCAGAAGUGCUGCCUGAGCAGGAUGAAGGCUUCAUCAGAACUCAUCGUCUCUUCCUGGCUAUGAAAUGAGGACCUGUAACAGUGACGUGCUGAGUCACAGCUGUUCUCAUAGGCUGCAGACGUCCAUGAUAAUACUUCUGCUCCUCCACCUUCCAUUGGCUAUCUCCACCCUGAUGGACCCUCCUGUUCCUGUGGAGACCAUGAGGGCUCACAGAGUCCUGCUGCCCAAUUGACCAGCUUUAAGUUAACGUUAUGUAGAUAGUCUGUGUUUUUGGGGGGGCGCCCAGCCCUCACACUCCAACAAAAAGGGUUACGUUCAAUCAGAAGAAUUUGUUUCUUUUUGAUGCUUCUGUAAUAAUUACCUCUCAUCUUCUCUGAAACCAAAAGCCUGAAGAUGUUCAAGUCACACAGCAUCACACAACAUUGAGAUAACGUCACUUCCUGUCCCUGUACAGACUCGCUGACCAGGUCAUGGAAAUCUGUGGGGGUGUAGGCUCAGGCCUCAGGGUGGAGAUUAGUACUGAUGCUCUUUGAACAGAGUGGAGCCCGUUUGCUUCACAGCAUCUGCAUCUGCUUCCUUUGGUCAUCUCACACAGCUGGUCCUGGAGGCAGAGCAGAGCUAAUGAUCAUCAGGUGACUCUGUUCACCUGUGAGCAGUGAGACGCCGCCCUAAAACCCGACUUACAUCGGAAGGUGGAGCAGACGGUCCUCUCAGUCCUCACAGGUCCUUCCCAUCCACAGGGUUACCUUUCGCACUGAUACCCCUGCCUGCUGUGCAGCAGCACGCGCAGAUGAAGCCUGAGUUUACAGUGUGAGUCAUAUCACUCCAACAAUGGCCUUUCAUCUAGAUUGUUUCUGAUCUUAGAAUUUCCUGCAAAAAAGCUUCUUCUGCUUUAGAAAAGUUUAUAUGAAGAAGUGUUUAGUUUUGCCCUGUGAGAGCACCGUGUGCUCACAGGGAGGUGGCGGAUGUGUGUGUGUUGAAAUCGCUGAGCGUUUGUGUUUUCUUUGUGUGUUAAAGCAGCCGAGGUGUGUUUGUGGAUAAAAGCAGGACCUGGAGCGUGCUCAGUGAAACCCUCUCAUUCACUUUCAGAAGUGUCCCAGGAGUGAUUAGCCUAGCUUAGCACAAACACUGGAAGCAGGGGGAAAGUGUUAGCAUAAUUCCACAGGAGGAGGAGAACCUGCACGGCUGCAGGUUUAUUCAUGGGUGCAGGUGGGGUCACACCUGACUUGAAGUCACCAUCAGUGGAUGGGACACACACACACACACACACACAGGAUGCCAGGAUCUCUUUUCAGAUGCCCGUUAAAUGCAAACGCACAUUUGGUGCUUCUCCUUGCUCAUAAAUAUUUUGUGUGUGCGCAGUUAGAUAAGUUAUAUCUUCUUCAAUAAGCAUGUUUUCAUGUUUUCUGAUAUUAUCAGUCAGAACAGAGAUGUAAAUCAGAGGGCCGAGGACUGACCCCUGUGGAACGCCACGCAUUUGAUCUUUUUUCACAGCCGUCUGUUCAAACCUACAGCUCUGCUUUUUUCAUUUCUUGUGUUCUUUGUUCACUAAAAAUCGCACACUGUGUAAAUCAGACAGAAUCGGGACUGUGUUUACCUUCAGAAAUACUGCACAGCGCUUCCGAUGAGCGGGAGGCAGCAGAAGAAAGCCGAGAUGUUUUUGAUGUGAGGGUGAAACUGAUGGCACUGCGUGGGCGUUGCAGAUCCUGGAUAAGCUAGGCUAACAUCAUCCUGGACACCACAGCUCCAUCUGAGUGCUGAAGAACAGAGAGAAAGAGGAUUUCACUGAACUGCUGCUGGAAUGUGUUUGGUGAAACAGGAUGUGUCAGACUUUUACUUUGUAAAGUGCAUGUUUCCUGUAGCUUGAGGCAGGUGAGUGUUUGAGGCGAGGUCACCAAAUGUGCACUUUUUUCAUUUGACAAAUACCUGGUGAAGACGGCUGGAGCUGAGCUUCUUCAGGUUCGUUCGCUCGUGGUGUUUUCGCGCUCUGCAGCCAUCCAGAAUGUACCGAUUCAUUACCGCCCACAACAUGAACCUGAUUGGCCAUUGCUGUGACGAUGUAACUGCUGCUACUACAGGUGAUUGGUCAUUUGGGUUACCUGCCUUUGUGUUUUUCUUUUGUUACAGUGCAUGCAGCUCAGAAGCAGCCAGGCUGUAGAAACAUGUGCUCUGUGUCUGUUGUCAGAAUCUUUUUUAUGCAUCUGAAGGUCCUGCAGCCGGCCGCCUUUCUAAAGGGGAACCUUCUGAUUUAUUUAUUGGUGGAAAUGAUUUUCAGAUAUCUGAACUGUCACGCAUUCUUCAUCGACAGGAUUUCUUUGUACCACCAUGUCAUUUGUAAUAAACUGA